GCAGCCUGCAGGGACGCCGCCAGCAGGAGCAGACAUGGGGAAAUCUUUUUCAUUACCUUCACAUAUAUCUAGAGAAGAUGGAAGUUCAUCAUCUGACAAUAUGAAGAAUGGCUUAGUGCAUUCAGAAUCACACAGUGAAGAUGGAAGAGGUGGAGAUGUGUCACAGUUUCCGUAUGUUGAAUUCACAGGAAGAGAUAGUGUCACAUGUCCCACAUGUCAAGGGACAGGGAGAAUCCCACGGGGACAAGAGAACCAGCUGGUUGCCUUGAUUCCGUACAGUGAUCAAAGAUUGAGGCCAAGAAGGACAAAGCUUUAUGUGACUGCCUCUGUAAUCGGGUGCUUACUGCUUUCUGGACUGGCGGUAUUUUUCUUAUUUCCUCGCUCUAUUGAUGUGGAAUACAUUGGAGUCAAGUCGGUAUACGUCAGCUAUGAAGCACCGAAGCAUGUAAUAUAUUUAAAUAUUACGAACACACUGAACAUAACAAACAACAAUUAUUACGCUGUCGAAGUUGCGAACAUUACAGCCCAGGUACAACUGUCAAAGACUGUCAUCGGGAAAGCACGGCUGAACAACAUCACUCACAUUGGCCCACUAGAUAUGAAACAGAUUGACUACAUGGUACCUGCAAUUAUACAAGAUGAAAUGAGCUACAUAUUUGAAUUUUGUACCUUACCCUCUAUCAAAGUGCAUAACAUAGUCGUAAUGAUGCAAGUGACUGUGACAACCUCUUACUUUGGCCAUUCUGAACAAAUAUCUCAGGAGAGAUACCAGUAUGUAGACUGUGGCGGAAACACAACAUAUCAUCAGGGACAGACAGAAUAUCUAAAUGUCCUCCAGCCGCCUCAAUAAAAAGAGCAGAGUUAAAGCUUGUAUUGGGGAAAGAAGAUGGCUGUUGGUUCAUCCAUGCUGAACUUUUGAUCAUAUUUGGUACUAACUUAAAAGGUUAUAUGUAUAUAGUUUAGCUGUCCUGAAGGCUUUGAG